AUGAACGCUACUCACCGCAAACCCACUCAGUACGAGUCGCUGCUCGCUGGAAUCGUCGCUGGCGGUGUCGAGGGAGCGGUCACCUAUCCCGCCGAGUUCGUCAAGACGCGCGCCCAGUUCACCGCCAAUAAGGGCCAGGCGGUGGGUGUGAUACCCAUCUUUCGGGAGACACUGAGGGAGAGGGGCAUCAAAGGGCUAUAUUCGGGGGCUGGGGCGUUGAUCGUGGGCAACAGUCUCAAGGCGGGGGUGCGGUUUCUCACGUAUGACUCUGUCAAAACAGUGUUUGCGGACUCUAAUGGCAAGAUGACGCCGGGGCGGACGAUGCUGGCGGGACUCGCGGCCGGGGUAGUGGAAGCGAUAGUAGCGGUGACACCUAGCGAGACUGUCAAGACCAAGAUGAUCCAAGAUGCCACGUCUGCCAGGCUGUACCACAAUAUGGUAGAUGGGACCAUCGGGAUCUGCCGCGCAGAAGGGUUCAAGGGGAUAUACCGGGGAUUGUGGCCAACCAUCAUGAAACAAGGUGCCAACAGCGCUGUCCGCUUUUCUUCCUACGCCUUCAUCCAGUCUCAGCUCGUCCACCUCACUCGACCGCCAUCUGGAAAGUUAUCAUCCGCAAUGACCUUCGGCGCCGGCGCUGGAGCGGGUCUCAUCACAGUCUACGCUACUAUGCCGCUCGACAAUAUCAAGACGAGAAUGCAGGCUACAGGUGCUGAGUUGAGAUACAACAACAGCGCUGACUGCUUUCUCAAAAUUGUCCGUCAGGAAGGUGUUCUGCGGCUGUGGGGCGGGACGACGCCGCGGCUGGCGAGAUUGAUGUUUAGUGGUGGUAUCAUAUUCGCCGUGUACGAACGUUUGAUCAACGUCAUGACUGUGUUCUAG